UAUAAAUAAAUGAUUAUUAAUAAAUUAACGUAUUAUUGAAAGUUUAAUUGUAUAUUAUGGUCGUAAACGAAUGAACCGUGAUAUGAAGGAUUCUUCUUUAAAUAAAAGAGAAAAUUUCAUCGAUUAGAAAGAUGUAUUCAAUACUGGUCAAGCAAAACAUGAACCGGUAUCAUCGAAUGACAUUUGGCGCAAUAUGUCGGCACGGGUAGGUUCUAUGUAUAUAUAAAAGGUGGGCUCUGCGGUUAAAUCAUCGUCAGUAACAUCCAACCUAUGGUGUCCAAGCGAAAUUCAAGUGAAGUCGUAUACAAAAAAGCUAACAAAAUGGCAAUCAAAAUCGUCCUAUUGAGUAUGCUAGCAAUGACAAUGACAAUGGCAGCCAAUCCAAACGAACCAAUAGCCAUUGUCAGUCAAUCUCAAGAGAUCAACCCUGAUGGUAGUUUCCAUGCAAGAUGGGAAACCGCUAAUGGUAUAACCGUUGAGGAACAGGGUAAUUUGAAGAAUGCCGGUCAGAAGGACGAAGCCGAGGAAGUUCAGGGAUCGGCUGCUUGGACUGCUCCCGAUGGUACGAAGAUCAAUCUUGGUUGGCUUGCUAACGAAAAUGGUGCCAUUUUCGAAGGUUCUCAUUUACCAACCCCACCGCCACCUCAACCAAUUCCUGCUGCCAUUCAACGUGCUCUCGAUUGGAUAGCUGCUAACCCCUACAAAGAGGAUAGCAAAAAUAAACUUUAAACUUUUUUCUAUAUUAUUGUUAUUAUUAUUGUGAAAAAUUGCAUCAAACUCUUAAAAAAAUAAUAUAAAGAAAAACACACAGUACUCCGAAAGAUUCUCAUUUUUAUUUCUUUUUGGUAUCAACCCUAUAACCAAGCCCCUUCUUGAAUCACCACCAUCACUACCCUUCCACCUCUCUUUUGACCGAUUAUUUUAAUCUCAAAGAAAGCUAGGGACGUAUUAAUUAAUGGGAGAAAGAGAGAGAGAGAGAGACUUUCGCACCAAUCUUCGUUGCUAUCCCGGUCAAAGAUUUACGACCGACAGAGAUUUAAUGGGCAAUAUUAAAUAGCGGAAUCAAAGGAGAAAGGAAUUCCAAUAGUCGAGCAGACUGCAUAACCUUCAUUAUUCACUCUUUAAUGAAUUCGUCUACCAUUAAUUCCGUUUUAAGAUAGGAUUAUUUCAUUUUCUUUCUAUCUCUUUCUUUCUCUCUUUCUAUGUACUCUUGUCUUUUUUUUUCUUUUUUAUUCUACCCUUCCAUUUCACUUUUCUGUUUCUGCUCGUUAUUUAAUCCGAAAAAGUUGACUUUUCUUUAAAUUAGCAAUUUUGUAAAAAGAUGUCAAGUAUGUGUAGAAAUGAAAGAUAGGAACG